AUGUAUGUUGCUGAUUAUUCCAAUAAUAGAAUUCUAAGAUUUAAUCCAGGUAAGUAUUCGAUUACAAUAACAAAACUUAUAAAAACGUAUGUACUUUAUUUAGGAUCCGGCCUUUCAAGUACCGGUAAACUAGUCGCAGGUUUCACAACUGGAGGAGGCAGUGGAUAUAGUCAAUUGAAUGGACCAACUGGAAUUUAUCUCGAUUUGAAUCGAACAUUGUAUAUAUAUGAUAACUUAAAUUAUCGGAUCCAGAAAUGGAUAUAUGGUCAACCGUUAGGUUUCACAGUUGCUGGCGGUCGUGGAUCAGGUACAGCAUUGGAUAAGAUUUCAACUGGUCAGAGUCUUUAUGUUGACGAUCAGUCAAGUAUUUAUAUUUCCGAAAUUGGGAAUGAUCGUGUGACGAGAUGGGAUAAUACAACAAUGGGUGUCAUAGUGGCUGGUAAUGGAACUGCCGGAAGUGCUUUGAAUCAACUUCGAAAUCCAUGGGGAAUUUAUGUUAACUAUAAUUAUACGGUGUUCGUUGUAGACCAAGGAAAUCAUAGAGUACAAAUGUGGGAAAGAGGAGCUUCAGGUGGUAUAACUGUGGCAGGGCAAUCAGGUGUCGCUGGCGCAUGGUCUUAUCAAUUUAAUUUACCCACAUCCAUAACAUUUGAUCCAUAUGGUUACAUGUAUAUCAUGGAUUCUGGUAACAAUAGAAUUCAGCGGUGGUGGCCUGGAUCAGCAUAUGGCACAACAGUUGUUAGUUCCACAUCGUUGAGUAACCCAAGAGGGUUAGCCAUCGAUGACUAUGGUAAUUUGGUAACUGCAGAUUAUUCAAAUCAUCGUGUUGUAUUAUUUGCUGGUACUUGUGGUGAGUAA